AUGGAGCGAUUUGACCCGGACACAAAACACGGGUGGAGGGCCCAAACAUUGUCAUCCAUCUCAUUGCCACCUCUUCCUUUGGUUGCGUUUCUUGCCAUUGUUGUCUUCUUGUUGUCUCUCUCAGAAUACUCAAACUUCAAAUCUUGGUCGAGUUAUGUAGGUAUCAAUUUCCAAUUAUUACUGUUCUUAAUGCCGGUGAUUCUUGUAUUUUUCUUGUCUUCAAGUUGGAUCAUUGAAGGUCGGUGGUUUAACUUGGGUUCACGGAAAAGAAAAGACUUGAUGAACACAACUCAGGUUUCUGAUGAAUACUGA